UGGUUGCGGCGGUACAACACCUGUCCCAACGAGUGCCCCGCCAUCAGCCAUAAGGACAUCGUGUCGGCGCCCAAAGUCCUACUCAAAGCCCUACACGACCUGAAAAUACGGUGCGAUUUUCACACGAAUGGCUGCAAAUCAGUGCUAAAACUGCGGGAACUGUCCGAACACAGGCAGAGUUGCGGCUUCAAAGCGCCCGAACCUCAAGACCCGCAACAACUGUGCGAUACUUGCGGUCAGUCCUACUCAGCCGUCGGCGCCGACACUCGCCGUCACAACUGUAUAGAGAGUCUGAAGCGUAAACUCGAUGUCAUUCACACAGAAAAUCAUCGUUUGUGUCGCGAAAACAAUGAGAUUAAGAGUGAAUUGGAUUUAAUGAAACUCAUCGCCCAUUCAACCGAUGAUGAGAGCCAUACGCACGACUAUACGGGCAGAUACGAACUAACCCGAUCCAUUAACCAUGAUCAAAUACUACGCAAAGUGGGUGCGGGCCAGACAUACAUCGACCACUGGAACAGCCAAAAACAUAGCGUACAGAUCAGCCGAUUCGGCGACGCCUACUGUAUGACCACUGGCAACGGC